AGUGCUGAGUAAAUUAUUGAUGAAAAUUGUAUAUAUUCAGAUUCAAGAUUAUUUUUCAAGUAAUGGUUUAAUCACGAGCUGCCAGCAUGCAUAUAGAUAAGGGCAUUCAACUAGCACAACAUUAGCUCAAAUGACUGAUGAUUGGCCAAAGAGCAUAGAUGACAGCAGGCUGGUGUGUGUGGUGAUGUUGUACUUGCUCUGCCCUUUGGUCCUGACUCCAGGCCGCCCAUCUGAGGUUUUCUGCUCCACACCUGUCCCGCCCUCAGGCCAUCUGCCUGAGGCCCCCUGCCCUGUUUCUGUCCUGCCCCCAGGCCAUCCGCCUGAGGUCUCCUGCAUCAUCUUUGUCUAGCCCCCAGGUUCCCUGGCUCUUAGCUAUAGAGACCAAAACUGUUUUUUAUACCAGGCUGUAAACAUGUUUAUUUCUGCUGUGUGUUUAACAUGGGGGACUUCGGGGAGAUUGACUUGCUUUUCGAACUGCAGCUUUUGGCAGCUUGAUAUUUACACCUGAUGAACUUGUUGACAGUUUUCGUCAGCCCUCUGAAACAUUACAUAAUGUUUUCUUAGCCAAUGGUAAAGGCUUAACCCGGAGACAGUGAUGUUCAUAAAAGCGACAUGUAUGAUUAAACUGUCGAGAGAAAGGAGGAGCCUCAAGACUAAGGUAAAGGCAGAGAGGUGAUCAUUAACAGUUUACUGACCUGAUAACAGUUUUUUUUCUUGCUGGUUGAUGCUAAUGAUGUAAAGUUGGUAACUGAAUGUAAUUGUUUGUUGUUUGACAGUGACUUAAUGAAAAAGUGGCUCUCUGGUUUAGUUUCAUGCCUUCGACACUCUAUACAUUGACUGCAUAUGUAAAAAGACCAUAGUACAUCUUUGGUGACAAGCUCAGAUGGAAAACUAUACGUUCAACAGCCUCACUCUUCAGCUCGAGGGGUUAAGGGUCACCAAGACUAACAAGUACCCGAUCUUUAUCUUUCUGCUUUUUACUUAUGUGUUCAUCUUAGUUGCCAACAUAGGCAUUGUGAUGUUGAUAUGGACAGAGAGAAGGCUCCACCAGCCAAUGUAUCUCCUUUUCUGUAACCUGUCGAUAAAUGAUGUUAUGGGAAACUCUCUCCUGGUUCCACGGGUGCUUGCAGACAUCCUGGUGCCUCCCUCUGAACGCCUCAUUCACUACUAUGAGUGUCUGAUGCAAGCUUUUAUCACUCAUAUGUUCGGCACCAACGCACACACUGUGCUCAUGAUUAUGGCCUUUGACAGAUACGUGGCCAUCUGCAACCCAUUGCGAUAUGCUGCCAUAAUGACUGACAAAAUGGUGAUAAAGCUGACAGUUUCUGCCUGGGGAGUGACCUUUGUUUUGGUGGCAGUUCUGCUCAGCCUGACCAUACGACUGAACCGAUGCAGGACUCUGAUCACAAACCCUUACUGUGACAAUCCCUCCCUGUUUAAACUCUCCUGUGACAAUGUGUUCAUCAAUAACAUCUAUGGCCUCACUUUCACUGUUGUCCUGCUCAUAUCCUCUAUUGGCAGUAUAAUUCUCACCUAUUCUAAAAUCACAAUGGCCUGUCUGACCAGUAAGAGCAAGUCUUUAAACAGUAAAGCCUGGAAGACCUGCAGCACUCAUCUGUGCCUGUAUCUGAUCAUGCUAUGCAGUGGGAUGAUCCUCAUCACCCUCCAUCGCUUCCCCGAGUAUGCAGAGUACAGGAAGAUUUCUGCCAUUCUCUUUAACAUUGUUCCCGGCAGCCUCAACCCUGUUAUCUACGGGCUGCAGUCCCAAGAAAUACACAAGUGUUUGUCAAAUAUAUUCCAUUUUAGAAAAGUUAAGCCAACAUUUUAAUUCAGACAUGAAAAUUUGUGUUCUUUUCUUCAUUUUCAUGUAUGAAAAACAGUGACCAUUGUAGCGUCCACAAGGGAGAAAUUUAACAGUGAACAAAGUGAAACUAUGAUGAUAACCUUAAUCACAAUGACUGACUCUAACCGUAACCAUUAAAACUGCAAAAAGUAGGUAAAAAACAGGACCUGUGACAUUUAAUACAAAAGAGAACCUGUUUAUUCAAAGAAAUAAAUGUAAAAAGAGGGAAGGGUGGACACUACAUGUGUACUUUUUUGUGUCACUUUUUGAUGGAUGUGAGAUUUCAUGCACCCCUACUGUCCUCUAGUUUUGUGUUUAUGUGAUUAAAUGGAAGACCUUGUUA